GUCAUACAUAAGAUGGAGCAUAUAUUAAUAAAGGCUGAAGGUGCUGAAAAUUAUGGUUCAAUGGAUAUGUCACCAGAAUGCAAACCAAGACCUUUAAGAGAUAAUAGUUCAUUUGGAGAAUAUGUGAUCAUAGCGAAAACGAUAUUUUUAGGACCUCAUUGUUAUAUUAUAUAAAAUAUUAUAGGGCCAUUAUUUGCUGGUACUUUGAUUGGAUUCAAUAUAUUUGCCUACAUUUUGAUGAGAUAAUAAAAAGCUUUGGGUAAUGAUAUAACUUUUGCAAUAAUAAUUACUAUUGCAUAAUCAAUAUUUUAUUUGGGUGUAGGAUUAGCUAAUCCUGGAAUUUCAAAUGAUUCAUCUUUAAAUUAAUAAUACUUAGGAUAGUUGUAUACUUUGUCAAAUAAGCCANUAAAAUAAUAAAUUGGAAAUAUAAAUAAAAUAUAUUAAAUUUAAAACAAUACAAACUCUGAAGCGUUUUGA